UCGCGGCGUUUUUGCGUUGCGGGUUGCGGCAAGCCGCAGUGCACUCGAAACAAAAAUAAAAUUUUCUUGAUCUCGGUACGAAAACUAAAGGAAGCUGCAGAGGAAGCGAAUUCUGGUCUCAUCAGCCAUGUGAAUUCACAUUCCAUCAACGAAUCUAAGGAGAGACAGCGUUCGAAGCAAAACGCCAGAGAGUUGUGCGUCGUCGUACAUAGAAAGAAAGCGAAGUCCGCUUGCCAUAAACAAAAACCUUAACUCGAUGUUUGGUUGCCUUUUUGGAAUUAUUCUCUCCGGAGAUCAUGGCUGCAAAACCAAAAAAUUCAAGAAAUAAUGUGAGCCAGCCUGCGAAUCCAAACGUCUUGAAAGUUGAGUUGUUCAAUGCAGAAGGAAGACAGCUGGAGGUUCGGCGGUUCAACAUCGAUAAGAACAACAUUCAUUUUGAUGAAUUCAAGGAAAAAAUAUCAAAAACAUUUCCAGCAUUGCACAAGAAUAACACUUUUUCAAUCUCCUAUAAGGACUUGGAAGGCGAUGCCAUCACGGUCUCUUCAGAUGAAGAACUUAAAUUAUGCUUGGAGCAGAAGGAUGUUCCACAAAAGCUCCAGGCAAAAAUCACACCAAACCCUACUUCGUCAGCUCCACCUCAGAAGACAAAAACUAUCCCGGCUGUGCACACUAAUAUCAAAUGCAACGAGUGCAAGAAAGAAAUCAAAGGAAUUCGCUACAGAUGUGUAGUUUGUGUCGAUUACGAUAUUUGUCAUCCGUGCGAACUCAAAUCCGUCCACGAACAUCCAAUGUUGAAACUGCCAAAGGUCAUCUCUCGGGUUGAAAGCUUGGUCGGGGGUGUUUGCCAAAUGCUCAAAAUUCUAAUGGCAGAGCAGGAUUGCAAACACAAAGAUUGCUGGAGUUGCCAGCUUAGAAGAACUUGCCCAAGCAGUUGGAGAGAGGGAACCAUGAACAGAGUGUUCAUAAAUUUUGCAAAAAUAGCAGAUGCUGAGGUAGGAAAGUGCAGCAAGUGUGAUCAUGCGCCUCAGCCUGCCUUCGUAAACGGGAAUGGCCUCAACACUCCGAGAAAAACCAUUCCAGUCGUGAAUGGAGCCGCCCAUCAAAUUACAAACGGCAUGGCUAACAUGGUAUUUCCCAAAAUGAUGGCACGCAUUCAAACAGUGGCAGUGACUGGACGACCUCUCUUGCCUUCACCCCUAAACCCACUUGGCACCGGUAUGCCGCCUGGAAUGGUCCCUCAUGGAGCACCCAUUCAGUACAUUCCGCAGCAACCCACUUUCGCUCAAGUUCCACCAUAUUUCGGACCGUCCCCAUUUUAUAACCCCUUUUUCAACAUGCCAAUGAUGCCCAUGGGACCUGGCAUGAACCAGCCUUACCCCCCACAAAUGUGGAGUGAUCCGCCUUAUCAAUAUCCAAAUCAAAAUGUGGCCCAAGUGGCCCCUGCGCCGGCACCGACAGCACCAACUCCAACGCAGUCACUUCCAGGAACCUCGCAGAGGAGUUCUCCACAUUCAGAGGAAGAGAGUGUGGACGUACAAAUCCAAAGAGGUGUGCUGCAGCUCUCUGCUAAAGGUUAUAUCGGAGAUGUUGAGAAGCUUGGGGAGAUUUUGCGUAGUGUUGACCUCGAUGUCGAGAAGGCCUGUAAAAUUCUAGACAAAGAGAAGAGUGGAUGAGAUUUGGUCAACGGCGUAGCCUUAUAAGAGCCUUAUGUACAACUUCCUCAUUUCAAGUUAAUAACAUGAAUAUAAUAUUAGUUUGUUAAGUUGGACACUUAAAACGCUGGAGGAAGAAUUCUCUGCCUUUCCAGAAUCAAGCGAGUAUUUUUGUUUAGUUGGAAAUCAGUGUUUUCAGUCUUGUGUCGAACAUGGAAAGUUCCUAUUUUAAGCUACUCAGACAUUCAAUGAAAGAAAGUUUGCUCAACUCAUUGCCAAAAACUUUCCACAAGCAUUAUUUCUCCAGCUUUUCGUGAAGCAGACAGUUGUUCUGGAAAUGUAUCUGUACCAAUAUUGUAACUUCUAUGCUGGUGCUGCUUCGAGUUGGGUCUUUUAUUUUUUAGUGCCCUCAAAUGGCAAAACGAAAUAUUACUUAAUAUUUUUGUACUUGCUCCGAACAAAUACCAUUAAAAAAAGGAAUAGUUUUA